AGGAACAACUAAAAUGGAUGUGAAAGUAGUUUAUAAACCUUGAAUUCUACAAGGAUGAUGAUUUAUUGUGUCUUUCAGCACUUAGCGCCACCUUUUCUUCAGUAUUGAGAACACCUUGUCCGGAAUGUGCAUCUUGAAUAAAGUGAAAGACUUUGGAACAAUGGAUAUAAGUACAUAGAUACGGGUGCCUGCUAAUUUUUUUCAGGAAGGGCCUGUGGCUUGCACUGACUUUCCUUCUUGCCAUGAUGGGGGAUGCUUUCUUAAAGGCACUUGUAGCUUUUCUCUUCCUAAGCUUUAGGCCUAUAUUGUAGCAUAUCUCUGCCUACUUCCGCUAGUGCUCCAUGGUUUGGACGCUUGGGUCAAGGUGGUUUUGAAGUAGAGUCACUUACUGUUGUCAUCCAUGUUGCCUUACUCUCUGUGGCCUGGGAGCACCGGGUUCAGGUGUGGCCUGUGGUCAGGCAUUAUAUGACGAAAGGACCAGAGGAUUUAUCUGCUGUGAUACCCUCUCCAGUUUCACCACCCUUAGUCAUCAUUUUACUUGGGGCGUGGAUAUGUAUGUUCCAGAAGCUUUUCCACCCCCCUGCAACUUAUGGGAGGGAUAAAUUGUCUCAAUGUUUUCUUCUGGUGCUUUUGACCAUGAACUCUUAGACCUGGAGUAGAUUGGUUAUCAAAUAGCCUAAGGAGAGAGGAGGUGAUAUGUAAUUUACGUAAGAUCCAGGAAAUGAAGGAAGACAUGUUGCCAGGAGCUGUGUUUCCAGCUAGACCUUAAGUUUCACAAUCCUUUAUGCAAAAAAAGGGCAUCUUUUAGGUGUUGCUUAAUGGAAUUAUCCGGUGAACCGGUGGCAGAACCAGUGACAGAACCAGAAGCCGCUUCAGCCCAGUCCCCCUAAUCGAAAAACUAAUGGGGUUAGAUCGCGCCCCAGUUCUAUCUUGAGUAAGGGAAUUUUGCUUUUGAGAUGGCUUAAAUGCUUUGAAUUCCUCAGCAGAGAAAUUAUAGAUGUACAGAUAAUGAGACAAAGGGUUUCCCAAUCCCUGUGUCCAACCUCAUGAGUUUGCAGUCACAUCCACAUGCUCUCCCGAUCUCUUAGCUGUUUAUUGGGUUUCCGUGACCAGGAAAAUGUCACCCGCGCUACUGUCUGGGGAUUCAGCUGUAUUAGCUUCAUUGUUACAAUCUUCUCUUUAGUCAUAUGUCUAUUUGUCAUGUAGCAGUCUUUUUUGAGGGCCUACUUAGUGCAAGGCAUCGCUUGGUAUUCUGAGGGACACAGAAGUGAAAGACCUCUUGCCUUUAAGUUGCUUCUACUUUAGAGGAGGAGUUAGGCCUGAGAAUAAAUCAUUCUGCUGAGCUUAUGAGCACAUAAAAGAGUGGGCGGAUUUUCCACAACCAAGAUGGUCUCUGUUUGGACAGUGUGAAUUAUCACUCUUACGACCUUGCAUCUAGAGGGCCCGAUGAGCUACUUCCGGGACUCAGAGUUGAGGUGCCUUUAAUAAAAGGACUUUGCUGUUAGCCCUUUCUGUGGACCUGCCACCAUUGCAGCCGUGUUCCUGCCUGAAGUGGAUCCCAUCUCUGUCUUGCUCAAAGUUGCAACAAAAGGGAAAGAUGAAAUCAGAUUUAGUGGAGACCUUGAAGACUAAUUUUCCUAAUGGAGUUACAUCUGCGUGUGAUCAGGAUAAGGAAACCUGUGUGGGUACCAACAAUCAAAGCUACAUCUGUGACACAGGACACUGCUGUGGACAGUCUCAGUGCUGCAACUACUACUAUGAACUCUGGUGGUUCUGGCUGGUGUGGACCAUCAUCAUCAUCCUGAGCUGCUGCUGUGUGUGCCACCACCGCCGAGCCAAGCAUCGCCUUCAGGCCCAGCAGCGGCAGCAUGAAAUCAACCUGAUCGCCUACCGAGAGGCCCACAAUUACUCAGCGCUGCCAUUUUAUUUCAGGUUUUUGCCAAACUAUUUACUACCUCCUUAUGAGGAAGUGGUGAACCGACCUCCGACUCCUCCCCCACCGUACAGUGCCUUCCAGCUACAGCAGCAGCAGCAGCUGCCUGCGCCGUGUGGCCCCACAGGCGGCAGCCCCCCGGGCGCCGAUCCCACCAGGGGCCCCCAGGGGGCGCAGAGCAGCCCCUUGUCGGGGCCCAGCAGAAGCAGCACGAGACCCCCGAGCAUCGCUGACCCUGAGCCCUCCGACGUGCCAGCCAGCACAGCAGCCACCAAAGCCCCUGGGAUGGAGCCCAGUGGCUCUGUGGCCGGCCUGGGGGAGCUGGACCCUGGGGCCUUCCUGGACAAAGAUUCCGACUGUAAGGAGGAGCUGCUGAGAGAUCACAGCUCCGAGCAAGGCAGCGCCCUCCCCGAUAGCAAAGACAAGACUCCCGGCCGGCAUCGCCGCUUCACGGGUGACUCGGGCAUCGAGGUGUGUGUGUGCAACCGGGGCCACCAUGACGAUGACCUCAAAGAGUUCAACACGCUCAUUGAUGACGCUCUGGAUGGGCCCCUGGACUUCUGUGACAGCUGCCACGUGCGGCCCCCCGGCGACGAGGAGGAAGGGCUCUGCCAGCCCUCCGAGGAGCAGGCCCGAGAGCCCGGGCACCCCCACCUGCCACGGCCGCCCGCGUGCCUGCUGCUGAACACCAUCAAUGAGCAGGACUCCCCAAACUCGCAGAGCAGCAGCUCCCCCAGCUAGAGCAGGCCCUGUCUGUGGCCUGAGAACUUGGCACAGCAACCAGGGUAGGGGGGAGCAUCAUGACAGAAGCAUUAAGUGACUUUCAGAAAAAGUGGUACAGCCACUUCCGUUCUUUGCCCCCUGCCCCUCGCUCCUGCAUUUUCCUACGUCUCCAGCUGCAGCUGGGGGUGUGGAUGCCUCUCUGCCCACAGGAGCACAGCGUUGUGGAGGGCUGAGAGGUUGGUUCGUUCUGUGACUCAUUCCUCAUAUCCCACCCUGUCCCCCCUUUUCUCUUUUCAAGUCAUAUCUCAGUACCUGCUUGGGUCAGAGAGAUGUGUGUUUCAGAAGCCCCAAGGAGGGGGCUGAGACUGUGCCCUGAGGUGACUUUGGUGGUGGAGUGGAUUUAUGCUCUGGUGUUCAUUUAAGAGAACUUUGCUGUGUCUCAGCCUGGGAGAGGUGGCAGGUCUCAGCCCUGGGUGAAUAAGGAAGGCCGCAGAGGCCCAGGGAUUGUCACCCCUCGCUGCCAAUGUCUGCAGAGCCAGAACUGGGCUCGUCCUGGGGGAAGAGGAGAGCUGAUAGGCAGUUGUGUGGUAGGUUGGUGGGGGGCUUGCUGCUCUCAGAUUCCAGGUGAUCAGGUCAAUGUACCACUGGGCAUCCUUGAGGGGCCCUUCCCAGCAGGUUUUGGCUGGCCACAAGACUGGUUCAGUGUGGAACAUCACAUCACCUUCUUUUUGGUUUCUCUUUAAACAACAACAGAGCUGAAAACAAGAACUUUAUCAGUGGGGGCAGGCCAGAAAAGGGAACUCUGUGGCUCUAUCCCAAGUUGACCUUUAAAGAGCCUGGCUGCCUUUGAGCCAGGAGGAGAUGCUUCCUGGGCAGGCUUGGGGCUAUCUUGAACUUCUGUGGAACCGCAGGAGGCCCUAAGCCGUGGCAGUGGAUCUGGGUGCAACUCUCCGCAUCUCUGUCCUUUGCUCUGUGCCUACGGGUGACCAGGGUCCUCCCCCACCCAAACACACAGUCCGCAGGCCUUCAUGUCUCGCUGUUCUCUAUGAACAAAUGAGGAGGCUGUGGGUCCUCAGAAAGAGUGGUCCCAUAGCCUGGCUUUUACACAGUAUUUUCUCUUGAUUCUGAAUACGUUCUUCUGGGGUUUUUUUUGUUUUUGUUUUUUUUAAACUGACCACUCGGAAAAAAGAAAUGCCUUGGUUAUCUGUGGUUUUCAUGCCCUUUCCCAGUCCUUCCCCAGCCCCCUUUUUGAGUGGGGUAGCUAUUUUUGUAGCCUAUGUAAAGAGCCUAAGUGGCCCCGGUAGGAGGGUGAAGGCAGUGGUCCAGAAGGCCUGCAGGAUCCUUAUUACUGUAGUUGAGCUUUGAUAGGAAUAACCUGAAUGGAGAAAGCAAACAGCUAAAACUAACAUUCCCUGUCCAGUGCUGUUCAUAUGAAGAGUUUGGUUCUUUCCCCCUCUCUCGAACGAUGAUAUUCACAUUAGGCAUUGACAUUGCAGUAAGAAAGGAAAUAUAUAUAUAUAUAUAUAUAUAUAUAUAUUUGUACAAAAAUAGACAAACCCAAGGCUGUGAGGUGAACGAGUGUCUGCGUUUGGAGUCCACAAAACCAAAAUCCAUGUUGAACAAAGUGAAGUCUGUGUACAAUGACUUUUUGGAUAACCUUUGUGUGUCUGUCCAUUGUGUGUGAGCCCCCAGCCCUGUUUUCCUGUGAAUAUACUUUGAAUGGCAGCCAUUGUGCUCACGUCGACCACACGUUCGGAGCAGAAAUGGCGCUCUCAAGGUAAUUUAUUUUACACAUUUACUGUUUACUGAACAAACGUCUGACUGUGUACUCGGGUGUAUCCAGCAGCAUUGUCAAUGGCAGGCCUCCCCCCACCCCCCCAGCCCCGCGUCUGCCAGAGACAACUGUGCUCAAAGUAGAGGCUUUCCUCUACCCAUCACUGCAAUUUGCACAUCGCUCCGUGGACACUCGGAGGCCUGUGUUCUGUUCCCUGUAAAUGGAAACGUGCUCUGAACCUGUCUGCCCCCCUUGGCGCCUCCUGGCCCUAGGUGUCAGCCCCCAGGGGGUGUUCAAAACCACUCGGCACAGAAGGCGAAGGCGGAACUUCAGACAGAAGCUUGAUUGGAUCUUCAGUGACAAGCUUGGACUAGCUGUGGCCCAGACGUCAGCCCUGUGCCUGGAAUUGCCAGGAGAGUUUGGGAGACACCACAGAGCCAAAGGGCUUACCUCUCUCUGCCGAGGUCCAGUGUCGUGCAAGCAAGCCCGUGUGUGGCAGGAGUGGGUGGGAGUGUGUCUGCAGCCCUCAGAUGCCUUUCCUUCCACCGUUGUUGUUGUUGUUGUUGUUGUUGUUGUUGUUUUUUAAAUAAAAUCCCAAACAACUCACUGAAGGAUUCACCAGAAUGAAUCCUUCUUCAGUUAACUGAUCAAAUGGAUGAAGCCUGGCCCUCUCAAGUUUCCUUCCCCAGUUGGGAGUGGGGAACUGGCCUGCGUGUUAACUGUUGGGGUCACUGCAGCGUCCUGCCCUAAAGGCAUGAGAAGAAGAAAAUGGAGCUGCCGGAGCCGGGCUUGAUUCCAGGGGUCACAGUCCGGCCCCUGCCAAGGUGGGGGGGGGAGGCUCCCCUGCCAGGAGAGAGGUGGAAAUAGGGAGCUGAAGGACUAGUCAGGGGGCCAGGGAGAUUUGACUGAAUCUGGUUUUCCAGGUGAACAAGAAGGAAGGGGUUGGUCUGGUCGAGGGUUUGGUGCUACAGUCAGAAGAUUUGCAAAUGCUAACACAUUCCUGUGUGAGGCACAUCACCAUUUGUCAGUUCUUGUGAAUAUGUGUAUUUUAAGCAAUAAGAUUCAGCUGGUCAGACUUUUCUGGGCAGUCUCGGUGACGCAUUUCCUGUGCUGUGAUUGUUCUGAAGACAGAGUGGCUCUAACCACUGUGAGAAGCCCAAAUAAAAUCGAUCCCAAAAACA